AUGCUUCUGCCAGAGUUUCACUCUCCUCCACCACCAGAGGGUUCUGACAUACAUAGAGAGGUAACCAAUGGGAGGGACAUUCUUGGGCGGCAAGUGGACGGGAGUCACGGGACAGCAACACUGAGACAACAUUUGGGGCGGCAGCAGCUGGAUGGAGCUGCAAGCCAAAGGCGGUUGUUUGGGCGGCACUGCAUCUCCACUCCAGAUGGCGGGACGUUAUCCCUGGAUUUUCUCAAGAACUGGCCCUCGGGAUUGUCGCAGCCUAUGGGAUCGCAGCCUUCAGAGCGACAUCAGGUGCAGCAGCAGCAGCAGCAGCAGCAGCAGCAGCAGCAGCAGCAGCAGCAGCAGCAGCGGCUGCAGUUGGGCUUGUUAGAGCAGCUGAGGGCAGGUUCGGGCAUGGUGGUGCUGGUGGUGGCAGGCACGGCAGCAGGCAGCGCGGACCCCUUCAUUCAGCGCCUGGCGUGCAGCGUCGCUGCUAGAGGCCACGUGCCUGUGGUGCUCAAUUUGAGGGGCACGGCAGCAGGCAGCGCGGACCCCUUCAUUGAGCGCCUGGCGUGCAGCGUUGCUGCCAGAGGCCAUGUGCCUGUGGUGCUCAACUUGAGGGGUUGCGGCGGCAGCCCCGUUACCUCCCCCCGCUUCUUCUCACCAGAUGACAGCGCUGACGUGGCACUGGCAGCCAAUUUCCUCGCAGCUUCCUACCCGGAUUCCCUGCUAGUGGCCGUGGGACAAGGCGACGGGGUGUUGUACGAUGGUUGGGGGCAUAGGGGUAUCCAAGCAGCUAUGGUGGUUAACUCGCCCACCUGCUUGCACCACCACAAUGGCUGCUCCAACCAUCUCUGCCCUGAGGAGAAGGAAGAAGUUUCCAGGAAGAUGGUCCACGAUUACCAGCAUCUCCUGCGCACCCAUGAGAUGAUAUUCUCUGGCGCGUGGGGCCCACACGAGCCCCUCGACCUGUCAGCAGCGCUGGCGGCCUCGUCGCUGAGCCAAUGGGACGACGCCAUGUCGCGCCGUGCUGCGGGCUACGGCUCUGCUUUCGCGAGCCGUGUAUUGCAGAUUGUGGAUGAGUGGUUACCAGCCGUUGAGAGUGCUCUGCUGCAGCAACGACUGAGGGAGUACAAGCAAGGCCAACGCAAGGGAGGAGAGUGGCGCAAGCGGAAACCAGGCAAGAGAGCAUCAUCAGCGGGAGGCGACGGUAGAAGCCCCCCUCCCCUCCUCCCUCCAACCCCACCUAGCUCCCCUCCUUCCCAGGUCUCACCUCCAUUCUCCCCAGCCGUCACCCCUCCCCCUGCCGCCUCACCUCCCCCUAUCGCCUCCCCUCCCCCUGUCAUUCCCCCUUUCCCAUCCUCUGUUCCACCCUCUCCCCCAUCUCCCCCUCCCCCUUCGUCCACCCCCUCACUUCCCAGUAAGCCUUUUGCUGGCAGCAGUGCCCCUGCUCCUCCCCCCACCUCCCCUCUCCCUCAGCCCGCUUCCUCUCCCCCCAGUUCUGCUCCUACUAGCCUCUCAACCUCCACUUCUAUUCCCCCUACUUCCCCUUCCCCCAGUUCCCCUUCCCCCAGCCCCCCGCCCUCCACUUCUACCCCACCUAUUACUCCCUCCUCCAACCCCCCUUCUUCUCAACCCUCUUCAGUCGCCUCCCCCUCUCCUGCUCCUACUCUCUCCAACCCCCCUUCUGCUACCCUUCCGCCCUCCAGCCUUCCCCCAACCUCCCCUUCUCCCCCUUCUGAUGCGCCCUCCCCUCUACCCCCUUCCCCAGAUCCUUCCCCCGCCUCCCCUCCUUCGAACCCUCCCUCUUCCCCCAACCCCCCUCCCAAUCCCUCCCCACCUGCAUCCUCCGCUCCUUUAUCUCUCGGUGGGCUGAAUUUGUCUGUAGCGGUGCAGGCGUUAUCUGGGGUAGAUGACAACUCACAGGUGGCUGUGGCGAGUGUGUUUGACACUGUGAGUGGGAUCUUAGCAGAGCUGAAACAGGAGAAGGAGAAACGGGAGGAGGAGGAGGAAGAGAGGAAGGAGGAGGAGGAAAAGAGGGAGGAGGAAAAGAGGGAAGAGAAGGAGGAGGAUCCUAAGGACAAGGGAGAAGGGAAGGAGGCAGGGACAGGAAAGGGCAACAAAGCAAGAAGCAGAGGAGAGGAAAAAAGAGACGAGAAAAAGGAGGAGGAACUAGAGGCGAAAAGGGAGCAGGAAAAGGAGGAGUAUGGAGGGGGGGCCUUCUCAACAGGCUCUCCCAUGGGUAAGAUGGUGGGAUCUGCUACAGCCAUGGCUGCUACAGCACUUGCAAUGAAUGCUACCGGCCAGGGCUCUAGAGUUCUGGCUAUGAAUGCUACAGACAGAACUGGUGGGACUGCCACAGAGGCUGCUGCUGGUCGAACGGCAGGGGAAGCAGCAGAGGACCAGCAACCAAAGCGAGAAGCAGGGGGUGGAGGAGGAGAAGGAGCAGAGGGAAGAGGAGAGGGAGGAGGAAAAGGGGAAGCAGAGGGUGCAGGAGAGGGGAUAAUGGAGAUAGCAGAGAGGGCGAUAGAAGUGGCGUCUCCUGUGAUUCCGAGGAAGCAGGACGGACAGAUUGACCUCAAGAGGUUAUCCGAGAUGAUACAGCAGUGGGGGUCGCAGGGGCGCAUGCUGAGAGUCGUGGGCAAGGCGGCUCUCUUUGCGGAGGGGCUGUACGGCGCCGUGGGGCUGUGCGAGCAGCUCAUUGCUCUGACCGACAUUCACAAGCGGGGACUCACCACCAGGCUCCUCUUCUCACUCCUCCUCCUCAUCCUCCUCUGGUCGCCCAUCCUCAUCCCCCUCCUCCCCUCCCUCAUCACCACACUCACCUCCGCCUCGGCCAAUCCCGCGGCGCCACCUGUCGUCACCACAGCGCUCCUAGCCGUGGGAAGGAAGAAUCGAUAUGCAUUGGCUUCCAUUGUCGUCUUUUCUACCCCAUUCUUCUUACAAUCUCUUCCCUACUCCCAAUUCCCCCUUUUUCUUCCCCUCUCCACCCCCGGCAUGGUUGGCACAGGGUCUACUGCUAACCUCAUCCUUGCUGCUGCUCCUACAAUCCUUGCAGCUACAUCUCCACUCCCCCUCUCGCCCCUCCUUUUCCCCCUCCAUUCCCAUCACCAACAGGUCGCAUGGUUGGCACAGGGUCUACUGCUGGGAUCCUCCCUGCUACUGCUGCUACACACCAUUCUACUCCAUCCCCUCUUCCCCCAUUCUACUCCAUCUGCGCCUCACCGCCCUCACACAUGCGUGCUCUCUCCCGCGCCCUCCCAUCCCCUCUCCAACCCCAUUACUACCAGCUGGCAUGGUUAUCACAGGGCCUACUAUUGGGAUCGUCCCUGCUGCUGCUGCUCCACGUCAUUCUACUACCAUCUGCGCCUCACCGCCCUCUCCCCCAUCCCUCCCUCCCAUCCCUCCCUCUCCAUCCCUCUCCAUCCCCAGGUGGCAUGGUUGGCCCAGGGUCUACUGCUGGGCUCAUGCCUGCUGCUGCUGCUGCACGCCAUUCUACUACAUCUGCGCCUCACCUCCCUCACACAUGCAUGCUCUCUCCCGCGCCCUCCCAUCCCCUCUCCAACCCCAUUACUACCAGGUGGCAUGGUUGGGCCUGGGUCUACUAUUGGGAUCGUCCCUGCUGCUGCUGCUCCACGCCAUUCUACUCCAUCUGCGCCUCACCGCCCUCUCCCCCAUCCCUCCCUCCCAUCCCUCCCUCUCCAUCCCUCUCCAUCCCCAGGUGGCAUGGUUGGCCCAGGGUCUACUGCUGGGAUUAUCCCUGCUGCUGCUGCUCCACGCCAUUCUACUACAUCUGCGCCUCACCUCCCUCAACCUUCCCUUCAACACCCUCCCAUCCCUCCUCCUCCCAUCCCUCCACCUCCCAACCUUCCACCUCCGAUCCUUCCACCUUCCAACCCUUCACCUCCCAACCUUCCACUUUCCAACCCUUCACCACCUUCCCGCCCUCCAUAUCCCAACUCUCGCCCUCAUCUCCUCACACAUCUCCUCUGGCUUCCACUCGCUCCUGCUCCUCCUGCACCAAGCCACCUCCUCCCUGCCGCAUUGGAUACCCCUUCAUUUCCCCCCUCCCUCACCACUCUCAUGGUGGAAGAGCUGGUCUUCCGAGGCUGGCUGUUCGAAGAGGUUCGGCAGGACCGAGGCUUGGCGUUUGCUUCGGGAUUCACUGCUCUGCUGUUUGCUCUCGUGCACUGGUCUAUCCCAGCCAUGCCCGGUCUCUUCCUCCUCUCCCUCACUCUCUCCUUCCUCCGCCAUCGCUGCUCCACCAGCCUCUCCCUCCCCAUCGGCCUCCACACCAGCCUAGUCGCCGCAAAUCAAAUCAUAUCUUUCUCCGGAAUCAUAUCCUACCGCCCAGGCGCCCCUGUGUGGCUCACAGGCGCGCAUAAGGCCAACCCUCUGGCAGGGGUGAUCGCUCAGGGGCUCUUGCUGGUGAUGGUUGUGAUGGUGUGCCCUUGGGGGGAACUAGUGCGGGAAAAGAAGGGGUAUUUGCAUGGCGAUAGUGAUAUUGAUAGUGAUGAUGGCAGUAGGGAUAAUGAGUCUGAGGAUGAGCACUUGGACUCAUCCUCACGUGCUACAAAAUAG